AUGUUCCCAAAUCACUCCGACUUGGGUCGUCCACAUUUCCCUCCAAAACAUCAACAACAGAAUGGCUUCUUCAAUAAGCUUCCUCUAGAUAUACCACCUACUCUUCUGUCUCAGCAGCAAAUUGUUGGUACUGAGUUUAGGUUUCAAAACACAGUGACUGUCUUGAGUGGGAACCUUGCAACUCUUCCGACUAUUGCACUGCAUCCAACAACUUAUGGAAAUGGCAGUCCGGUACAUAUAUCUCAUGCCCGCACGUCAUUCCAAGGAAGAAAGAGGCUAAGUGGACAAAGAGUUCCAUAUGAUGUCAAACGGCAGCGGCUUCAUUCACAUUGUUCUAAAACAACUGUAGUUAACCAGGCAGUGCCUUUACCAGAAGAACGUAGAUACUCCUUCCCAGGAUCAAUUCAAUCUCCACUGUUGCAUGCACAUUACAUACCAGAUUUAACUGGAUGUCUCCCUCCAUUGCCAGAUACUUUAUUUCCAGACCCUGUAGAAAUCACUCUUCCUGUGGCCAAAGAUAAGUUAAGUCAGCAGAUUUUAGAGUUGUUUCAAGCAUGUCAGCAACAGGCCUGUGAUUUGAACAGAAAAGAGGUCUGCAGAACAGAACUUCAGAGAGAAAUUCAGCGAAUUUUUCCAAAGAGCAGACUCUUUUUGGUUGGUUCCUCACUGAAUGGGUUUGGCACUCGUAGCAGUGAUGGCGACUUGUGCCUGAUGGUUAAAGAACAACCAGUAAAUCAGAAGACCGAAGCAAGGCAUAUCCUCGGCUUAGUCCAAAAACUCUUCAGUACUAAACUCUCCAACUACAUUGAACGACCUCAGCUGAUUCGAGCAAAAGUUCCUAUAGUGAAGUUCAGGGAUAAAGUCAG